AUGUCGCACGACCUUCACCACAACAAACGUUUUCUCAUCCACCGUCGAGCUUUGCCCGUGCUCUCGGAUGGGGCAGUCGUCCAGGGCGCCACGCCUGCGGUCGAAUUGACCGCCCCGACGUUCGCCGCUGAUUCGGGGAUCGUCCUCGCUUCGGCUUCCGAUGCUUCGUCGGCGGUUGUCGGCGCCGCGGACUCGGUGGGUUCGACGACGCUCUUGACGACGACGACCACGACGACGACGACCACGACGACGACGACGACGACGACGACCACAGCUCCGGCUUCACCUUCCGCCACAGAUGGGUCUUUCGCCACCUCGAUCAUCCAGGAUGAGCCGUCUGUCACGAGUGCGCCGACGACGACCACGCAAGUUCCGCGCUGUGCCCCCUAUCCGCGCGCUUCGAGCUCUUCUGACUGAGUUUGAUCACCCUCGCAGUACGGCGGCGGCUGCAUCCGUUUUCUCGGCCGGACCGGCUUUGGUUGCUGCGAGCCAAGAUGCCUCUGGUGGGCUAUCGACGGCGGCUCGAGAUGGAUUGAUUGGUGAGUUCGAAGAGCAGGUGAACAGCUGACCACCUGUUUGAACUCGCGCUAACUGGUAAGCGUCCUUAUCUCCCACAGCAGGCGCAGUGGCCAUUGGCUUCAUGCUUAUGGCCUGGGUCAUCUACCGAGGUUGCCGACGUCGUCGAGCUCGAGCAGCUCUCACCGCGUCCAUCACGUCCGACUCGAGCUCCUCUCUUGACGGGAUGUCCGAGAAGCCGCGCAACGUGCUCUUCCUCUCCCCACCUUCCAAAGCCAAGACGACGAGGGACUUCAAAUCCUCCUUUGAAAACUACACGGCGACUUCACCCGGUUUGACAACGCCCGCAGGGUGGGCGACGUUCUCGAACACUUCGAUCCCGGGAGCGAUCCAUACUGGAGUCAGUACUCUCCCCUCUCUUCCUCAGCCGCAGCCUUCGCGUUGGUCGGCUUCGACCUACGGUGAUUCUCGUAUCCCCAUUAGUCCCACGACGCCUUCUACCCCUCCUCGAUCACCUCCCCCCUCGACUCCCUCGACUCCCCCUAUGGGAGUACCUAUGACCAUCAACCCUUUCGACGAUCGUCAUAUCUCUCCUAGUACGCCUUCAACCCCCAGCCCUUCAGCAAGGGGCAACUCGAUCAAACGCAAGUCGCCGCCGAUGUUGCCCGAGAUUCGUAUGUCGGUUUCAGAUUCCGAGUCAGAGGAAGGGGAUAUGGGUUUCAUGAGGACGGCUUUUAGGCCUAAUUAUUCGAUGGGGACAGCCGCGCCUGUGGAGGCGGCCGAGGAGAUGCUCGAGUCGCCCAAGUCGGGGUCCAAAAUCGCGACGGCGACGCCGAAGGUGUUGAGGGUCUACAACAAGGGAGAUAUUUCGGGCGAUGAGUAG